AUGUCUCCUCGUUUCAGGAUUCUCGGUGGUCUAGAUUCAUCCACGGCGACGCCGCCACAACCAACGCCGGACGAUGACUACGAAAACGUCAACACUGAAUUCAUUAUCUUCAUCGGCCUCGCCAUCAUCCUUGCUUCUCUACUUUGCAUCAUCGGCCUCAACGCCGCUCGCUGCACCUGGAUCCGGAGGUUUUCCGACACAGUUAUCACCGGUGGGAUAGAUCACUUCUCGUUGCCGGCUGCCAAGCUACUGAGAAGUAUUCCGAAGCUCACCUACUCCGCUGAAUCCAUGGCCGAGAAAUUCUCUGAUUGCGCCAUCUGCCUGGCGGAAUUUGUGGUGGGAGAGGAGAUUAGAGUUUUGCCGCGGUGCGGCCAUUGUUUUCACGUCGUGUGCAUUGACAAAUGGAUCGGAUCUCACUUUACAUGUCCGUCGUGCAGGCAGAAGUUGUUGAAGUCGACAAGGUGUAAUUUGUGCGCAGAUGAGGUGCCUGUGGCCGGAGUUACCGGAAUUCAAUUUACGACGGCCGGAGAAACAAGUGUUACGAUUAACAGGUACUCGUCACCGACCAAUUUUGGUUAAAUCAAAAGAAAUUAUGCGAUAAAAAAUGAUAUAA